AUUAUGUAUUCCGUGACUGAUUCUUCAAUUUUGGAAGAAGCUAAUUUAUUACUCUAACUUUAUCAAAAAGAACAUAUAUUCUCUUAUAGCUUUAAUUCUGAUAUAAUUAAGCUGAAAUUGGAAUUUAAGAAUGGUGGAUUUUGUUAACAAAUCUUUUAUUUGGUUGGCUGCCUUGUCGUUACUUGUAUGUAGUGUACAAUCAACAGUAUUACCUGUAGCAGAGAUAUUUCAAAGAUAUUUUACCGGAUCACCGUGUGUGAAUUGCUGCGAGACUCGGACACAUGGACAUGUUAUCAUACAGGCAGAAGUAAUAGAAUGUGAUAUACCUGGUUCUUCUUCACCAAUGCCGUCCUCAACAGUUGCACCAUUCAAAUCUAGCACUGAGAUACCAUCUAGCACUCCACUAAAUGCCACCUCUGUUCCGCCAUCUUCAUCUGCGAUGCCAUCUUCAUCUGCGAUGCCAUCUUCCACCGAACAACCAUCAUCUUCUGAGCAACCUUCAAGUUCAACAAUGAUGACAAACGCAACAUCCGUUAGCACAACAAUUCUUCCAACAACGAGAUUAAGUUCUGUAAUGUCUAGUAGCAUUAACCCAACAAGUUCACCAUCAACUUCACCUCCUGACACAUGUAGCGCUGGCGAGAUUUGCUGCGAGACUAGAACCAUUGGAAAUGUCGUUAUUAUUGCAGAAGUACUAGAGGAUUCCGAUGUGAUCUGUCAAUCCAAGGACUACGCCAUAAAUGAAUAGACCACCCUCUUAUUAUGUUAUAAUAUCAGAUCUAGCAUUUCUUCUUACUUUCAACAUUUUUCAUAAGAUUUUUAAAUACGCUAUUAUCAUUAUUUUACCUAAAACCUCAUUUGGAUCUUAAAUCCAUUUUUAAUCUUGGCUAUAGUUAUGUAUUUAAGGUGAAUAUUGUUUUUAUAUAAAUUAGUUUUGAUAUGAUUCCAAGUAUUGAUAUUUAUUAUUCUUUGAUCUUUUUAUCCGGCUAACUAUACGUAUUAAUUUAAUUAAGAUGGUUUUAUUUAAGUUUUUAUUUAUUUUCAUAAUUUAUUUAGUAUAAUUGCAACAUUCCUGUACCUCUUACAUAUUUAUUGCACUGCUCAAUUGAGCCGCGUCAUGAUAAAACAAACAUAGUACGUUUGCGACCAGCAUGGGUCCAGACCAGCUUGCGCAUUUGCGCAGUCUGAUCAGUAUACAUGCUGUUCGCUUACAAACCCUAUUACAAGUAGAGAAACUGAUAGCGAACAAAAAUCGCAAAAGUCAUUUGGGUUGGGAAAAAACAACGCGAAAUUAUAUUUAUAUUAAACAUUAAGUUCUUUAUAAUAAGCACAAAAAAUAUAAAGUUUAAUUGAAAACUUAGUUUUAUACGAUGUCAUGUUGCAGAGCUUUAAGCUCAUUUGUUUUGUAUAUUUAAAAAAAAAUUGAAUUUUCAUAAAUCAAGAAUAAUCUACCCAUGUUUCCAUAUUCAUUUACCAUAUAAUCGUUUAUACACGUAGCUUGUUAUACAUGUAGCUUGUUAUACAUGUAGCUUGUUAUACAUGUAGCUUGUUAUACAUGUAGCUUGUUAUACAUGUAGCUUGUUGUUUCAUUGAGGUGUUCUGAUACCGGUUGAAUAUUUAAAGUGAAUGUGAAACAUUAAUUGUGUUUAUACUAAAGGAAAUGUAUAUUUAUUUGUUUAUUUGAUAAAAAAAAUGAAAUAAA